AUGAUCCUGCGGACAACGAUAUUACCGAGGCUUCCGGCGGCUGGGAGAUGGUCCAGGCGCUCGCUACAUACCGUCGGAGACCAGCUUCGUAACGUCAUGCGAUCCGUGCCUCAGCCCGUAGCUAUCGUCAUAACUCGGCUAGAAGAUGGGACGCACCACGGGGCCACCUUGUCGUCUUUUACCUCGAUAUCCCUCUCCCCACCGCUCGUCUCGUUUUCCUUGAGAUUACCUUCGAGGUUAGCUACCGCCUUGCAAUCCAAUGGAUCAGAUACAAUAUCACAAAGCCCGGAGAAGGCUCUAUCACGGACCCGUACCGGAGCAUCAUCAGUAUCAGGCCAAACCAACCCUGGUCAGACGUUCACAGUCUCCCUCCUCUCCAAAUCCAACGAACUUCUCGCCCACACCUUCUCACAAGCUCGGUCGGAACACGAGAAUAUGGUCCGGGAUACUUCUCUGUGGGAGCCUUUUUCCGAUAGUAGUCGGGAAUCAGGAUUGCCUGUAGUGAAAGGCGGAUUGGGAGCAUUGGAAUGCCGGGUAGUAGGAUGGUUACCGCUCAACGAGCUGGAAUCUUCAUUGGGCACACUGGAUGGGAUGAAGAAUGGAGAAAGAGCAGUCUCCGGGCCAGCAUCAAGGGCACCGCUCCUUGCCAAGGGAAAUUCGAGCACAGUCAAAGACGGCGGAAAUGAGGGGAGUACGGGGAGUAUGCUCUUCCUGGCUCAGGUGGAACGUGUCACCCAACGGAAAAGGGAUGGCGAACAAGAAGGAGAACUGGAUAUGAAGCCGCUCGUCUACGAGAAUCAACGAUAUGUCACGACCACUACCGCAAAAUGA